AUCGAUACCUAGUAUGAAAAUCAAUAUGGAAGUCCUAGAUUUAGCAUCACCCGUAGACCAAAAGAAAAAGAACCUUCUAAAUUGUAAGCUAUUAGUACUAAUUAAUUAAUUAAUUAGUACGCCAUCUAUGACUAUAAGUAGCGGCUGUAAUUCCAAUUUUACCCCUACUCUGUUUCUUUCUUCUUCACCAUUCCACUUCUGCUUAACCGAGGAUUCCACUCGGAAUCCAUAAACCCAAUUUUUUUUUCCAAAAAAAUUAAAUCCAAAUUAAUCAAAUAAACACUCUGAAUAACAAAACAAAAUCAAAUAACAAAACCCUUUUGAUUAUUAUUUUGUGUAAUUUUUUUUUUUGAUUUGAAUUUUUUGUUGAAGGGAUUUAUUAUGUAUAGAUCUGGAACAGUGAUGGCUUGGAAUGUAUUCAGAUUUUGUACGGCCCUAAAAGGACUGGGGUCAAUUAUGAUCUUGUUGGUGUUAGGCGUCGUGGGUAUUACUUAUUACGCUGUCGUUUUGACCAACUAUGGUCCUUCCUUAUUCAGUGGAGGUGGAAUCUUGGAUGCCCUUAUUGCGCUUGUUGUGCUUGUUUUGUUCCAUUGUCUGUUGGUGAUGCUUUUGUGGAGUUACUUCUCUGUUGUUUUUACGGAUCCUGGUAGUGUACCUCCUAACUGGAAGCCGGACUUGGAUGAAGAAAGAGGUGACUCUGAUCCAUUAACCACAUCUGAAUUUGGGGCUUCACCUGCUGAUCCAGCAAACCCUAGAGUACGGUUUUGUAAAAAGUGCAACCUGUUGAAACCACCUCGAUGCCAUCAUUGUUCUGUUUGUGGAAGGUGUAUAUUAAAGAUGGACCAUCAUUGCGUGUGGGUAAUCAAUUGCGUUGGAGCACUAAACUACAAGUAUUUCCUUCUUUUUCUGUUCUACACGUUCCUUGAGACUACUCUUGUUACUCUAUCAUUACUGCCACAGUUUAUUGCGUUCUUCAGUGAUGGAGAGAUACCUGGGACUCCGGGCACUCUUGCUACCACUUUUCUUGCUUUUGUCUUCAAUCUUGCUUUUGCUUUGAGUGUAUUGGGAUUUCUAAUCAUGCACAUAUCAUUGGUGGCUGGUAAUACCACGACAAUUGAGGCAUAUGAAAAGAAGACCACACCAAAAUGGCGUUAUGAUCUUGGUCGGAAGAGGAAUUUUGAACAGGUUUUCGGCCUGGACAAGCAUUAUUGGUUCAUCCCCGCUUACUCAGAAGAAGAUUUAAGAAGGAUACCUGCUCUUCAUGGUCUUGAAUACCCGUCAAAGCCCGAACUCGAGUCCCAAGAAUUCUAGGGGUCAUCAAGUAUACCAAGCUGAGUUUGUUUCUCUCCUUUUGUAACAAUCAUAGAGUAGUACCUAAUGACGUCCAUCCCGCGCGAUCACAUCUACUGGCGCUGUGCAGAAACUAAAGGAAGAUAUAGUAGAGGCACGAGCAGCCAGUCAAAGGAUGCAAUGAUAUGUAUCGAUAAUGUGCAUUUGUCUCGAGAAUCCGUCUGGGGAAAUGGGGUUGGUGUAAGAUAGAAGUUUUGCUUAUGUCUCAACUCUGACAACAGGUUUUCUUGUAAGAUCAAAUGCUUGAUCAGAAAUGUAGAUCGAUCUGUGAUUCAAGUGUUAAAUGUAAUUUGAUCGUUCGUAAUUUUGUAAAA